GCAAGAAUGCAUUUAUGGCACCUUCCAACCACCUCUUUCACUCCCACCUCUUUGAUCACUUCAUCAGUUUUAUAAAAUAUAAACACAAAACAAGAAUAAUAAUUAAUCAUCCAUUAAUAUUAAUGGCGGAUGAUGCAGCUCUGAGAACAUCACUAGUAUGCUUAGCUGCAAUUAUGCUAAUUGUUGGAUUGUACACAUACUCAUUCAAGAAGAUGAUGGCUACGUACCUGUUCGGGAUGUUUGCGGUCGCUGGAAUCCUUCUUCCCGAUUGGGAAUUCUUUGAUCGUCCGGUUUCUCAAUGGACCUCUCCCUUAUCUGUUCCUCAUAUGCUUCCUCACUCGCCUCCUUCUCCGUCCAGGUUUAGGUUCUACCCAAUCAGAACAACAAUUUACACGAUUAUUUACGGGUAUGCUUUUUAUAAAUGGUGGGCGUACAUAUCAUCAAGCUAAUUAAGCUACAUUUGGAUUGGAUUUACAACACUUCAAAAGGAUCGAAAUCUUAAUCCUAUUUUGUUUACACCAUAUAGACAACAAUUAUUGAAUAUAUGUGUUUAAGUGAACCCGUUAUUUUAUUUUAUUUUAUUUUGCAUUUUUGUAUGUAAAUACAGUUGCUUCAUGACCUGCCAACUUACUUUGUAGUCAUAA